UCAAUGCGGAAGCCGCUUCAUAGCUAACUAGUAGUAGUGUUUUUAUUCUUAAUUACGACUAUAAAUUCAUAUCAUAAAGGCAGUUAAUAAAACACAGUAACACGUGGCUUUGUAAAGCUUCGUUUGACAGAGCGUCCAUCUGAAAUGGGAUGUUAUGGCUUUCUAUAUUCUCCUUUAUUUAGAUAAAGUAUGUAGGGAGCGUUGUGUCGGCUGCUAGCUACUGUUGCAAGUUCUCUUUCUAACUUAUUCCCUCCUCGGAGUGUCCAACAACCAGCAAAAUGAAAGUACGCUCGUCUGUGUUUGCCUCGUUUAUUUUAAUAUUUGAGGUUUUUGGGGUUUGCCUCUUCCUGCGGGGUUUUUUCCCGGUUCCUGUCAAGUCGUCUCUCUCAUCCAAGAACAAGCUGUCCGACCUGCCAGCGGAGCCUCUGACAGGGGGCUCCCACAACUCCUCUCGCCUGCCGCAGCCCCUCUUUAAAAGGGUGGUGAUCAUGUUGGUGGAUGCCAUGAGGGAGGACUUUGUGUUUGGGGUCAAUGGUCGCACCUAUAUGCCUUACACUAGACAUCUGGUGGAGAGAGGCUCAUCACUGAGCUUUGUGGCCAAGGCCAGAGCUCCCACAGUCACCAUGCCCAGGAUCAAGGCUCUCACCACUGGCAGUAUCCCAGGCUUCAUUGAUGUGAUAAUGAACCUAAAUUCUCCUGCACUGCUGGAAGACAACCUCAUUUGGCAGGCCAAAACAGCUGGGAAGAGGAUAGUCUUCUACGGAGAUGAUACCUGGGUUCGCCUUUUCCCCAAACAUUUCAUGGAGUACGAUGGAACAACGUCCUUCUUCGUAUCUGACUACACCGAGGUUGACAACAAUGUGACCCGUCACUUGGAAAGCACCCUCAAAAGAGACGACUGGGACAUUUUGAUCCUCCACUACCUUGGCCUGGACCACAUUGGUCAUAUCAGUGGACCCCACAGUUCACUCAUCCAGCCCAAGCUGCUAGAGAUGGAUGACAUCCUGAAGAAGAUCCAUAGUGCUCUCAUUCCAAAGGAGGCAGAGGGAUCGUUGCCCUACCUGCUGGUGCUGUGCGGAGACCACGGCAUGUCAGAGACCGGCAGCCACGGAGGCUCCUCAGAGCCAGAAGUCAAUACACCCCUGGUGCUCAUAAGCCCGGCCUUCAAGAGGAAAGUGGGAAUGGAGAAGCCUGGAGUAGUGGAGCAAGUCGACCUGACCCCGACCCUGGCCCUGGGACUCGGCCUACCCGUAUCUCAGAACAGCGUGGGCCGCCUCAUCCCGGGUGUCCUGGAGGAAACCUCGCUGCGAGACCAGCUGCGCUUCCUGCAUCUCAAUGGCCACCAGCUCAGCUGCCUGCUCAAAGACAGCAUGCAGGACUACCAGAAAGAGGUGGGCUUUGAGCAGUUCCGUGUGGCAGAAAAGGCUCAUGGGAGCUGGAUGAAGCUCUACCUGGAGGGCAACACCUCAGAGACGCUGACCAAUAUGGGCAAAAAGGUCCUGAAGCAGUACCUGGAGGCCCUGGCUGCCAUGAGCUCGGCCCUCAGCAAACAACUGGGCAAGUACGACAUGUACUCCAUGAUCGCAGGCAUGGUGUUUGUGUUCCAGCUGCUGUUGGUCUUACUGCUGGCUAUGCCAGAAGCUCUCAGCGGUGCAGCAUCAGUGGAUCUCCCAGUCUUCCCAGCCCUGCUCUCCCUGCCUUUCUAUCUCUUGUGCCUGCUGCUCGCCUCAGUGCACGUCUUGGUGUGCACAUCUGCUGAGAGCUCCUGUUACUUCUGCAGCCUCUCCUGGGGUCUCGUGUUCAUUGCUAUAGCCUUCUCCUCAGCAAUGUUUUGUAUCCUGGUUUCUAUGGCAACAAGACGUCUCCCCCUGGGACCAAAGAUUCAUGGGAAGUCUCCAUUGAUGAGCAGCAGCAGUGAGUGGUCUCUGUCAGAGUUGGAUGUUUUGCUGUUGGCUGGAACGAUCGGACACACUCUCAGCUUGGCGGCCAGCAGCUUUGUAGAGGAAGAGCAUCAAACCUGGUACUUUCUGCUCAACACCCUCUGCCUCGCCGUCUUCCAGGAUGUCUGUCGCAAAUACUUCAGAGAGCAGAGCUCUGGAGAUGAAGAGGAGCAUAUCCUCCUUUCCAAAGAUUGUCAUCCCCCUGCCUACCCUAAGGCAGAGAUUUGCUCUGAGAAGUGGCUAGCUUUAGCUACGCCGCCUUUCACUUUGGUCUGCUGUCGGCUGCUGCGCUCCCUCAACCAGACUGGCGUCCAGUGGGCUCAUCUUCCUGAUGUGGGACACUGGCUUAACAGCUCCGAACACAAGACGGUACUCUCCCUGCUGGCUGCUUUCUGUCUGGUUCUCAUCUACUUCCUGGUUCAAAGACGGUGCUCGUGGGUCUCCAAGAUCGCCCUCGCCCUAGGACUUCUGGGUGUCUACAGCUACCGGGCAGCUGUCGGCAAUGUCUUGUUUCCCUGGCAACACGCCGGCCGAAAUACAUCCAAGGGCACAGUGGAGGCACGCUUUGUUUACGUCUUUGUUUUGGGCAUCCUCUUCACGGGCACCAAGGACUUGUUGAGAUCCCAGAUCAUCACAGCAGAUGCCAAGUUGAAGAGCAGGGGGUUAUGGGAGAUUUACAGCGGCCUGGUUUUGUUGGUUUGUCUUUUGUUUCGUGCUCACAACUUGCCAGUGCUGUGCUGCUGUCUAUUGAUCCAAACCCUCAUGGCUCAGUUUAUCUGGAAGAAACUCCACUAUGACGCAGCCCAAACCACCAUCAUGCACUACUGGUUUGGUCAGGCCUUCUUUUACUUUCAGGGCAAUUCCAACAAUAUCGCCACCAUCGACAUUUCAGUCGGCUUCGUUGGACUGGAAAGUUACGUGGAAGCACCUGCCAUCUUCUUAACGGCCCUCAGCACUUAUGCGGGGCCCCUGCUCUGGGCGUGUCACCUCGUCUGCUAUCUCAGCUCAGGGAGAGAAAGGAGCCCGGUUGCAGUGAGCCAUGGUUGCUACUGUUUGGCCCUGCUGAGGUCUGUGCCAGCUGCAGCCUACAUUGUGCUGGUAACUGUUCUGCGCUACCAUCUCUUCAUAUGGAGCGUCUUUUCACCCAAAUUGCUGUAUGAGUCCAUGCACCUGCUGCUGACUGCUGGAGUCUGCCUCUUCUUCAACACCAUGGAGCAAAGCCGCAGCUCCAGUUAGUCUCCGGGAGCCAAAGACUGAAGAUCGUCACUUAAGGUGUCAGACAGGUCACACUCUCAUAACAUACACUACUACUACAAUAUGCUUUCCCUGUCUCACGUAGGAUACUUACCUGUUCACUACAUGUGAAUAGACGCUUUAGAAACAGAUCCAUCCUUUGAAAUCUACAUAUUUUGACACUUUUAAGAAUGCUAUCAUGUAUUUUUUGGGCAGUGUAAAUAUCCUUCUCUUUCCUAAGGGUUAAAUGUUUGGAGAGAAAUAAAAAUGACAUGAUGUAAAGGUAAUUUUUGAAAAAGGAUAACUUCUUUUUUACAAUGCAUAGUGUAAAUUAGCUCAGGGACUGUUGUGCAGAGAGCUGCAGAGCUACAUAGACAACAGUACAGUAUGGUAUGUGAUGUUUUAG